GCCUUUCAUUUCUCGGAGAUUUCAUACCCCGUGUCAUGUGCUGCGGUCCGGCCCCCCACGGGGAACUCAAGCACGGCGGAGGCGCGGAGGUCGAUCCUCCGGCUCUCUGUCCCCUCCUCUCCCCCUCCCCUCUCCUCCCCUUCGGCGUCCCCUACCGGCGCGUGCGGCCACACCUGCAUUAAACGGGGGAAGUCCGUCCGGUGGAGAGGCAGCUCGAGAGGGACCGAAGGAGCAGGAGGCAGGAAGAAGGGGAGCACCUUCAGCGGAUCCCACCGCGUUUUUGACUCUGCAGCUCGGACACUUUGAUCCGGGAAAGGUGAAGACUCGAAGACACGGAGAGGUCUGUGCUCGCUGCUGGGACGUAAUAACGUGAAUGAAGAUGAAAAAGAGGAUUAAAAGACAAGUAGACCGUGUCGAUACGGAGCUGAAGAGACCGAGUGUGGUCAGCUGAGCGCACAGGUAAGACCUGGAUUCACAUCAACUGAAUACAGACAGGAAGGAGCCCCCUCUAUACAACUUUUGACUUAUUUUAUGAUUGUUUUUUCCUCAUUUUAAACUUGAGCUGUCACAAUAACUGCCUCCUCUUAUAUCGAUGUUAAAAUCAUAAUAAAAUAAGAGGAUUACUGACAUUACAGAAUAUAACUCCAGCAUUCAUUUGCAUAUUUAGGCUGCAUGUGUGUCAAUCGGUCACUAAAUAACUGGUUAUGUUAAUAUUAAAUUGAGCUACUGAUGUGACAUACACUUUAAAGAAAUCUAUUUCCUUUCAAGGCUACCAUCAAAAUGUCUGUGAACACAUGCAAGAUCUGAUUUGGUGCCACAAGCUUCAUCUGUAUUUUGGUUUUGAAAUAACUCUCCCUCCUUCAAAGUGUCAGGACAAAGCUGAGAUUCAAUAACAUCCAGAUACCUUUAAAAGAUGUAAACAGUAAAAUACAGCACCAUUUGUUAGACAUUUUAGUCUGAACUGCAACAUUAAAUCGUCAUGUAGGCAGUAUAGGGGACAAAGUACACAUGAGGCGAGUUAAAGCUCCUGUGAGGAGUUUUCCCACUGGUGACCCAACUGACUGAAACUGAUAGGGAUGCCUUUUUAUGACCAAGAUAAGCAAACCAGACCAUCAGCAAUAAAAUAUUUCUUUCUACAUAGCUAUUUAUGAAACCUGUAACAGCUGCCACAGGGUAGGUGACAAUUCACCUAUUCGUAAUAAUACAUUUGCUUGUAAAUUAUGAUAAAUACAAUCUUUUCACGUCAUAAGACAAGACCAGAACAGAGUUAGGAGGUACCACUUUAUCAACGGGGAGGCCAAAGUCAUCACAUCGGGAAAGUUUCCUUAUAAAUACUCGAGUUUUUGAGUCAGAUGAUAACUUGAGUAAAAGUAUCAAAGUGCUUGUUUUAAAAAUACUUCAAGGCUGACAAUUUUACAUUGUGAUUUUUAAUGCCUGUAACUGCUGUGAGGGGGUAGGUACACUGAAGAAACAGCCUUGGUUACUUGUGAAUAUUAAUGGUUGGUGGUAUUUUAGCAUAAAAAGACAACAAAAUGAGGUUUUUGUCUCUGAAAUUCCUCCUGAACAAGACAAAAUCAUCAGUUAUAUUGGAGUGAUUACUUUGUCUACAGGGGGUGCCAAAGUCAAAAGAGUCGAGAGUUUUAGGUAUACAAAUAUCUUCUUAAAUUAAUUCCAAAACAUGGAAACAAGGACAGCAAUGAAGAAUAAAUGAGAUGCUUAUUUGCUGAUUUGCAAUUCCCAAAUAACAAGAACCAACACACAAGAAAAAUGGCAACUAGGUAACUACAAGCAAAGAUAACUUAAAAUCAAUCAAACUUGAUUUGUGAAGCACUUUUCAUACAACCAUGUUGCAACACAAAAAAUAAAAACAAAUUAAUGAAUAAAGUAAGCACUCAAAAAUAAGAUACCCCGACCCAUAAUCCAAACACAAGAUUGAAAACGUGCUAUAAAUACGAAACUCAAUAAAAGCAGGGGCUGGCUAACUAAGGAGACAUUAUUGUAAAGUCAAAAUGAGGAAACACUGGAGGUAGAAUAAAAAGUUAAAGCUCCAGAUAUUACACUAAAACAACCAAAUUAACAAUAAUACUAAUUAUAUUUUAAUUUCAAAACCUCAAACAUGGUCUUAAAAUAUUGGCGUGGGUGCUCAGGAGGAGAAUCGUCAGUCAUUACCACCUCUAGAUUUACUGUGUUUUCUCUAGGGUCAACUAUGAGUGCCGACACUACGAAAACAAACUGCAAAACUCCACCUACACAGUUUGCCAUCUUUCAAAUUGGAUACAUGAAAACAAAGAAAUUUAACCAGCUGUCUUCAGAGCAAAAGUAGUGCAUGACAAGAGUGUCAAAUGUCGUGGAGUAGAAGUUAUAUGUUUACCUUAAAAACAAUACUCAAGGGAAAUCGACAUACUCAGACAUUUAUGAAAUUUUAUGGUUAAUCUUUCAAUCAGGAAACUUGGUGGAGUUGACCUCUUGUCCUCCAGUUAAUGUACCUCUUGUGUGUGUUUUGUACUUCCCUGAAAGAAUGACUAUUGACUAUUCAGCUCCCAUUUAAAACAAGGAAGUAAGCUAUGUUUUUAUGUCACACCCUAACCUUUGCACCAGAGAAAUGAGUUGCUGUUACUGUACCACAGGUCCAUUGGCACAUUCUCAGAGGUCAGCUCUACUGCAUUAUGGAAAAUUCACAAACCCCAGAGAGAGACGGUAUUGUCAAUGCUGCAUUCAAGUGAUUGUAAUGUGAACAAAUCCAUACCCUUGCCAAGCGUGACCCCUCCUUAUCACUGGUCUGUUUUUAACCAAAGAUGGGUCAUGACAGGGCUUUGAAAAAGAGGGGUUAAAUGCUGUUCCUAUAGAUCUUUUAAGAAGAGGGUUAACUCUUUAAAACAAGUCAGGCUGAAAACAACAUGUGAUAGACCUCACUGGAAAAAAGCCUGGAGUCAGGACCGAGCGCAGGAUGAAAGAACAACAGAGUGAGUCGGUGACUGUGUCCGUGGAUGACCGAGCAAAGUGGGGGAGUUAUACGAGAGCCUUGUGUAGGUGAGGUGUGUGUUUGUGUCUGUGUAUAGGUGUGUGUCUGUGUGUCUGUGUGUGUGACAUGGAUGCCAGACAAAGAGUAGAGUAGAGAGUAGGACAGAAUCUUAAAUAUCCCCGAGAGGCGUUUUGUUUCACAGUCAGCAGAUACACAGAGUCGGGCAUGUACCGUGUCGUCAAUAGCAGCUGUACUGACUGUUCACCUCUGUCCCUGGGUAUAAAAUGUGUCCGUCAAUAAGCACAAUCAAUUCAGUUAAACAAAUUCAGUAUUGUGAGAGCUGGAGAAUGAUCACAUAGAUUUUUUUGUGCUGAGGAAAGUCAUUCUGUCUCUGAACACUUCUGCUUGAAACUUAAAUCUGACGUUUCGCCCGCUCAGUAUUCUUGGCUUAGCUGUUGAGAUUACGAAUAUCCGUAAAUUAGAGCCAAGCACAUAGUUGGUGUUAGGUUGGUGUCUGACUAGUCAAUGAAAAUGAGAAGUUUGAAAAGAGCACAGAAAUCAACCAAGAAUGUUUAAACAUAGUAGAGAAGAGUUACAGAGACAUCUAACAAAUUAAAGAAAACAAAGUGCCGCUUUCGGUCUUCAUGUUUGGCCUUUGAAGGUUGCAGCCCCUGGAUCAGGACACAGCUUAUGUUUUGGCCAAGAGCAGUUGCUAAGCAAGCCAGUUUUGCACAUAACACUAUUUGGAGUAGCAGGUUGUUGAUUUGCACACCUCAGUUUUUAUACCAAUUAUAAAAAAAUUAGAUGUAGUAUGAGCGCCAGUGAAAUUUAGAGGGACUCAGAGCCAGUUUUAGUUCUUUAUAGGCACUGCCAAGCUAGCUGUUGCCACUCACUUUCCAGUCUUUGUGCUGGGUACACUAGUUGAGGUCUGGCUGUUGCUUUUGGCUUUAGCUCACAUAUUUGACAGUGGUAUUAAUUUUCUCAUCCAAGUCUGGGCCAAGAAAGGGAAUAAACGUUUCUCCCAAAGGGUCCCGAAAAUCAUCCCAAAGUAUCAUGUGGAGUCUGGCUGAAAAGUACCCAGCUUCUCAAUCUUUUCUUUUUUGUUACUGCUGCAGCAUAUGGAGAUGUCAGUUCAAGUAGUCACCUCAUAUAGACAGGCCUACUCAUUCAUUAUAGUCAUUAUCUCCAGACAGCUAGUAUCAAAUUAAAAUGUGCUUGAAAAACACCUCUGAACCUGCAAGAGGGUUAAAAAACAAAGAGUGGAGGAAAAAAAAGAAGGAAAGGUAGACUCUUUCUCACCGUCAGCAGGAGUGGAGCAGAAUGGGACCAGCAUGUUAAUUGGUGACUCGAUUUGCGUUUUAAUAUUGAGGCUGCGCACGACUGAAGACAGCAAAAAGCUGUCCAGAGGUUUUCCCUUCUCUGUGGAUAUCAGCAGCAUUUUCCUCCUGCACAUUAUUCAGUUUAUUUUCUAAAACUUUAAACCACAUAAAUCUGAAGUUCUUUCACUGCUGUGUGGUUAUGCAGACUACUUAAUAGGAGCUAAAAUGUUCAAGACAUUUCAAGUUUGGAGCAAUUUGUCCUCUGUUUUCAUGAAUUACAGGGCUGAAUGAGGCCUGCAUCCUGUUUAAAACUGAAAUAGAUUGGACUAUAUUUUUGUCAACAGCAGUUUUUAUCACCGCUGAGAAGAGGAAGCUGUUUAAAAAAGAGGGAAAUUCCAUGAACCAUUUAAGAUAAGAGUCUAAAACUGCUUCUGUGUAUUUCACUCAAUAUAGUUUAAUCAUUAAAUACUAAUUUGGAUUGUUGAGACGUGAUUUGUGGAACAAAAAGCGACGAUUGGAUAAUGACAUCCUUGUCUCACUGAGGAAACAGUGUAACUCCACAGUGUGAAAACAAGUGCAGCACAGCGUGUUAUGUGUGUGCCACAGACACUGUGAGUCAGGUAGCAUUACCAGGAGCCAGAGGGAAUCUACAGCAAAGACAACCAACCCUAUGCACACAUCUCUCUGGCCGACACCUAAAUGCCUGAGCAGACAGCAGACAGAGCGAUAAGAACUUGGGCAGAUAAAGGAGCCUUGGUGGUGAGACAUCGCAGAAGAGGAGCAGGGCAGAACAAAGUAAGGAAGCUGUAGAAGUCUGGGGUGAUAAGGAGUAAGAUGAGAACAGAUGGGCAUGUGUGUUUGGAUGUGGAUAAGGUGUCCAGAGGGCAGGUCUUGGCCGCUCUUGACGGUGGGUGCAACGCUCUGCCAUAAGCUGAGAAAUGAGCUUGCUCAGAAAAGGUGAAAUUAAACCGUCCAAGAGGAGCCAGAGAGCAAGAGAGAAAAUUGAAUCGGGAGUGGUCUCUCUGAAGUCCACAGAAAUAUCAAUGAAAGUUGAAAGUCAGAGAGCCAGCAGCAGAGUUAGCAUGCAGCAUGCAAAGAUACUCACAAUGACUGAUGAGGUGCUAAAAUACUCACCUGUCUCACCGUUUUUGUGUCGCAUGCAAACAGCUACUCAUUAGCACCAACGAGUGAAAGACAGUGAAGGACAUGAUUGUUUUUAUUACACAUGACAAGCAGAUAAAAUCCAAAUAUUUCACUUAAAUAUACAGAGUGUAGAAAUAGAAAUAUUUGGUCAAGCUCAGUGGGCGGAUCGAAAUGCUCCCCUGCUCGCCCCUCUGUUUGGGAAGCAAUGGUGGUCUCAAAGGACAAAAAGCAUGAUAUGACAACCACUCUCUUCUUCCUCUUCUUCUUCCAAAUGACGUAUUUCAUGAAGCCGCUCACUAAUUACAAAAACGCAAAUGCUACAAGUUUGUCUGCUUUGGGCUACUGUUAAAGCAUGGCAGUGCAAGAUGGCAGCUUCCAUGAAAGGGGGACCCAUCUUAGGUAAACAUAAAGUCAUAUUUUAGUCAACAAAACAUGAUUUUUAUAUUUAGGUGCUUAAAAGUCUGCUCUGCAUAAACAACUAAAUACUACACAAUGAACCUUCUGCAAAGUCCAGAAACCAUCUGAAUGAGGGGGGUCUAGCCUCUGGGGACAUCUGUAAAAAUAACUGGUGCCAAUUACUUGAGUUGAUAUUUUACUGGACAAAUCAAAACUUCAACUUACCUUCAAGAUAAAACCAAAGGAUUUCCAGAGUCUUUAGGAUCCAUCCUCUGGAGAUCAUGAAUAUGUUUAACAGCAGUCCGUUAGAUAGUGAUGAUUGUUAUGAUGGCUGAACUGCUUGAUUAACUGCUAUGGCAAGUGUGCCCACAUAAAAAUCCAAACUCGGAAGAGUCCAGGGCAUACUAAAGUGAAAAGGGAUCAUCCUCUGGGGACCAUGAGUAUGUUUGAAAAACCUCUGCACCAACUGCUGCUGCCAAAUAAGAAGUCAGCUGAGCCCUAGAGUCAUUAGGAUUCAUCCUCAAGAGAGAAACAGAUCACUGAAAAGAUUUUAGUAAUCAUACGAUUUUAUUCUUGAUGGGAGUUUUAGAAACAGACCAAGUCACAAUAUUACCAUUUUUAAGGCCUGCAAUUAGCGUUGUUAAGAAGAAAUCACUGAUCUGUGAUAAAGAAGUUAAAGGCUGCAGCAUCAAAAUGACUCCAGUUCAGCUUCCUUUCUCUUUCUAAUGUUUGAGUCGCUCUCUGUUUAAUUGGGUGUGUCAUUUAGAUGAUACGAUUCACAGAGUCUCUGAGAUUUGAACACAGUGAUGCAGUUGCUGUUUAAGGCACACAGUGCAAGCUGUAAUUCAUUUGCAGAGCAGGUGACUUUGAAAAUAGGUUAACCCGGCGGAGAGGUGGAGUUUUACAGUACACUUUGUGCAGCUGGUGUAAAGGUCUUUCUUUCUUUUUUCUGCCUUUUUUCUUGUGAUCCGUGACAGAGUGAGGACAGUGACACUGACUCAGCCUUUGUCUCCUCAAUGUUUCCGGACAGAGUGAGGCGCCCUGGGUGCCUCUGCUGUCUAUUGUGACUGCAGAGAAGAAAGAAAGAUCCAGCUUGUCUGCAUAAAGACCUAUUCAGCAUCAUUUCUCUUUGCCAGCAACACUGUACACCCCUAGAACAGCAGUGAAGUCUCAGCACUAUCCUUAGCCCGGAAUCUGUUUCCUCAUCCACAGCUUCCUUUCUUCUAACCCUAUAUCCCUAUCCUCACUCUUCCCAAACUCAGGCUCAACCUUAGCUCCGUGCCCCAUUCAGAGUCCCAGAUGACAGCUCGGAAACAUCCGUUACCCUCCCACUCUACACGAGCCUCCACUCCUCUCCCUCCAGCCCCUGUGGCGCUUGGCACCGAUGCCCAUCACAUAGACAGAUGGAGCCAACCCUGACCCCUCUCCUCGCCCGUGGGGACGCCAGCAGAAUCAACGCCUGACUAGAGGAGAGGGGGUGAGUGAGAGUGCGUGUGCCGGGACAGGAAGGAGAGUAUUGCUUUGUCACCACAGCAACACACCACCCUGUCUCCUGCGGACUCCCCUUCAGGCCAACCCAGCGCCCUCGGCUGAAAAUGCAAGGCAGCAGGAAUUUUUCAGCAGGACCAGAAGGACCUCUGUCUUCGCCCUAAAACCUUGUCAACCAUUAUUUUGUUUGUUUGUUUUUUAUUGGAGGGGAAAACCUUCCUCUAGAAGAAAUAAGGAACAUUGUCACAAGUCCAAGAAGAACUCUGACUUUGCUAAAGGUUGGUUAAGUUUUCUUAAACACUGAAAAAGUUUCUCUAUAAGUUUUUGCCUCUGUCCUUUCUGAUCUCAAGAGUUACCACAGGAAAACCUGCAGACUUAGACGUGCAAAAGGGGCUUUUUCGAUGUGCUUUUCAAGUCUGGGCUGCAAAAAAACAGUAUAUAUAGACUCCAGUCUGAUCUUCUUUGGAUGUGCACAUUUGUUCUUUUUAAAGCUGUAAGGCAUCCUCUCUACUUUGUCCAACAUUCACUUUAUUUUCAAAGCAUUUGCAGCUUCAUUCUCCUGACUGUUUCCACCUGCAAUUCUUACAAGAAACAGGAUUUUUGCCUGCCGCACUUCCACUGGAUCAUGUUGACGUCCUCUAACCUACUAGCUGACCUGCAUUCUGAUUAGCCUUUAAUGCUCGACAACCAAUUUUAAAGGAACCAUGAAAUCAACAAUAAAAUGAGACACUAAUGGCCCCGUGAAAUGAAUUCAGCCGGCUGACAUAACAGAGAGGGGAAUACCGGAGUCCCAAAGCUUCCCAGGUAAUUGGAGUGCAGUAUAGUGUUUUUUACUCCAAAGCACAGCUCCUGUGGUGACCUUGCAGGCUGAAAACUCAGAGGGAGGCAGCUAUAGAGUGAGAAAGAGAGAAAAUGAUACAGUAAGUCCAGGGUUUCCAAUUAUCUUUGGGAUUUUUCAUCAUUACUCUCAGCGCAUUAGCAUAACAGAGAGUGUUUGGACGGUUUGCGUCAAACUGUCUUCAGUCAUUUUAGUUCUGACUACAGGGCUAAGCAUCCAGGACACACUUAUUAUUCUUGCAACUUAAAAGUAAUCCGUCAGGAUUCUCCGCUGAUAGAAUAUCUGUUUCAAAUAAAUUGUGGUAAUGAUCAGCCUAGUGAAGCCCCUUCAGAUGGUGAAAUGUGCUGAUGCAGUGUCGGAUGAGUAAGACGCUGUCAGGCCGGCUGUAGGAUCCCUUUGAUUUCACAUUGGUUUGUAUUGUUCAUCUAAAACUUUCUAAUUGAGGGAAAAGAAGAGAAAAAGUGGAUCAUCAAUGAGGCCGUUUGCUUGUUUGAGGCAAGUUUGGAGGAUUCAUCGUUAGAUCUAACAAACAGGAAACGUUGAGGGCAGAAAUACUGUGUCAGACUGUUUAUCACCACCCGCGUAUCGUACGUGCACAGCUCCACAGUGUCGUCAUCUUACUUACUGUAUCAUAUCCUUAUAGCUUAAAUUUAGACAGGAAUUAUUGUAUCAUAUAAUAUCAGGUUAUCAGUCGGGCUGCGAUCGAUUUUAAACCAUAAUCAGAAUAUUUGAUUAUGACGAUGUCAAAAAAUUUAAAUCAUCAAAUCAAUUUCCCUCUCUAUCAUGUCUCAGACCUCCAGGCCACCGUAGGCUCCCCUUCCUGUGGGAGUGCUUCCCAGUUCCCACACACACCAGUGUAAACAAACAUGGCGUUUGCAAAAGAAGGCAAUGAUUUCGUGGUUAAUAGGGCCAGAGCAUGUCAGUCGUGUGGAGUUGGUACGACUUCGCAGUUUUGGACGAAGAGCAAACCACUCCCCGCUGCUAAGUCUGUCUGAAGGCGAUAUCAACCCAUCCACACGGAAACAAAUUCAGGAGUAAACGAAAAAGUUUUUUGGGUGACCAUAAACGGUACUUUUUGAGAAUGGGUACAAGAGUGCAUAAAUCCGUAAACGACUACCAUUUCACCGCCGCGUGGAUGCCUAUCUGCAUCUCUUGAAAUGAUUAUAUGACACACAGCGCAACUCUUUCACGGCGCCUGCGCUGUCCGGCCAAAACAACCUUUAUCCGUAUGUUCUCUUCUCUUCUUUUGUGCAUUUCCUCGGCAGUGUUACAGCGCCACUUACCGGCUUGGCAUGUGCACUACAUCGUUUUCAGUGGUUUUGUUUUGAGAGAUGAUAGGAAAACUUAUUAAAGUGGAGUUUGGUGAUGUUGUCACAGAAAAAGAAAAUCAAGUUUUCAAGGAAAAAAAAUGGGACUUAAUUUUGGCGAAAAUCGUGCAGCCCUAGUUAUCAGAAAUGUUUAAGGUUUGAUUAGCAACUGAGAAGAAAACUGUUUUACAGAUAUCUAUCAGAUACCCGCCCACCUUAGACCUAGUAGACCUGCAGCAGCUUCCUAGUUUUAUAGUUGUAAUGAGUAUCAACCGUGAACUUGAACUGAGCCUUAAAAACAAAGUCAUGUGAGUUUGAAUAAACUGUUUGUGUUUUUAAUAACUCAGGAGGAGGCCGGUGGAGAGUGGAGCAGUGCGGCAGUGUUUUUGUAAAGAUAUUUAUGAGUCCAAUAUGACACGGCUGAUAUGACUGAGUCUUGAGGUCGUAUAAGUGAUAAAGGAGGAAAGGCAGACACAGUCCAGCGGUUCAGUUGUGUGUGUACUGUAGUGUGUGUCUACAGGGGGAUAAGAGAGACAGAGAUAUACUUAUGCUGUUAUGGAUUCGAUUUCAUCUUAUGCUCUCUGUUGCGUGCCGCUGCUUCUCUUUCAAUCAUACGGUUUUGUCUUUGCUUCUCUUUACUUGUAGCUAAUGAAACAGAAAACAACACGCACUCGGACUGAAUGAAAAGAGCGAUAUUUUAAAGACCUUAUCAAAAGAAAGAAGUGCAUCACAUAUUGUUUUUUGUCACCUUUACACCUUUGGCGCCUUCCCCAAAAAAACAUAACGUACACAAGCCUCAAUUACCGUGCUAUUUCUGUGGUGCUACCUGUCAGUGGCACGCUGAGCUCAAACCAGCUGGGAUUAAUUAGUGCCUCAGCAAACAGGCAUGCCCACCCACGUUUGCACACGAAUGCACCUUCAUCCUUGUCCUUCUGCGUGACAUAUACAUGAGAAUGAACAGUAAUGUGUUCUUUGUACCAUUCGUAAGUUGCGGUUCAUUUCCGGAAAGGUACAAACGCACAAACACGGGCUUGUCCAUCAGAUACAGAAUAUAAAGAGCUUCCUGAACAGCAUGUCGCCAAUAAACACCCCUCCUCCUCUGCUGUAAUUACCUCACUGUUCAUUUCGCACCUUGUUUAUGCACCUCAUAUCUCCCCGUGUCAUGGUGUUACUGCUCCGCCUCAGCACAAGGCACAAACCUGUCCACACUAAUAAGACAUGUGAUCUCGCAUUUAUUUACUUCCUCUCCUUCCCAAACAGGCGAAAUAAAUCAGGAAGAAAAUCGGAUAUAAAUUAGUUUCUGUCGCAGAAGUUUCUGAAGUCACUGCAGUGUAAAAGAGAUUUGAAUUAAAGAUCAUGUUUUCCUUUUUCCAGAUUGACAAAUUCAUUCCUUUAUUAUUCAGAGCGUUGUUUGUGUUUGCAAAAAUCCACAGCCGGCGCAGACAAGCUGUAACUUCUGUCUGCUUGAGUCGGAGCUCGUGGGCUCGUGCCUAACGCUGCUGACUUUGAUAGAAAUAAAGCAGCUGACAGGUUUUCAAAGACAAGCUGUCAACAGCCAUAACCUUGAGAGUGUUUGUUUGUGUGUGCGUGCGUGCUCGCAGGCAAAUGCAGUAUGUGUUUACAUGAUUGUGUUACGGGGGUGUGAUGAGGUUACACACUACAGGAGAGAUUAAAUAUGCUGAGGUAAGAGGUAAAUGAAUGGAGGAGGGAGUAUUGAGCAGAGCAUUUAAGAAUGGUGAAAUGAGCCUUUAGACAGGGAACACAAACAAUAGUACCUAAGUACAAUACAGUGUGGUCAAUGCACUCAUUAAAGAUAAUGAAGAUUAACUGGAUCCAAGGACCUGAAGGGUUCAAAUGGGAGGAACUAUGCAGAGAGAAAGUGUGGGCGUGUGUGUGUGUUUGUGAAGAUGAGAGGCAGGAAAUUUACAUUUGUGCAAAGCUGUCAGUGUCUGUCUGUGUGUGCAUACGGUUAUUGUUUAUUCUAUGGGCAGCUGAUGCUUGUUUUAUUCACCACCUUGGUAGUGGCAAGUCAUUAUCAUAGAGAUAAUGAGAGACGGAAAAAGGUUGCCAGUGUCAGCACGCCAAGUUUUCUGCACAGUCGAAACAGCAAGUUUGGGGAUUUAAAGAAAAAGGGUGCGUUUGCAACUUUGAUAUGAUGGAUUUUUAUCCCACAUGCCUCCUUUACUGCAGGGUGUAGUCAGUAAGAACCUCUAUUUCACCUGGAACCACACCCAAGUCAUGGGAACAGGGGUUAUCUUUGAGUCGACUUUUUUCACAAGGAGCACAUGUGAUCCUAAGUUGAAAAAGUUAGGAGCAUACAAAGAACUUUAGGGGCACAAUGAAAAUUGAUCAAAUAAUGUGUGUCUUAUUGGUCGACAUCAGUGCUAUUAUUUGAUAUUCAAUUUUAGGUCUUUUGGUCACGACAUGGGAGCUAUUGAAGGAAAACAGCCUUUUCUGAGAACAUCAACCGGUAAUUAAUCGAUGGUCCCUUAUUCAACACCCGACGUUGACAGCGAGGAUGCCAAGUAGAUUUAACCGCACUGCUGGUGCUAUUCCCAGUUAUGGAGAGUGAGAAGACAAUGGUAGAUCCGCAGGAGAUGCUGACAGCUCAUCUCAGUCAAAAUGAUGCAAAACUGGAGCAAACUGCACAGAACUGUAGGACUUAGUGGGCUUUUGUGGGGAUUUGAAUGUCAUAAGGGCAAUUUGCUUUGUGAAUUAGACCUUGAAAAGAAGCAGGUAGUGGGGACACAUAAUUAGCAGCCGCAGUCUAUUCUUAGUGAUAACCCCCUUUAUGUGCAUAUUAAAUCUAUGCUGUGCUUUGUAACCCAGGGGCCCUAAGAGAAUACAAUCCAGGACACAAAGAUGCAUUCCUUUUAAGCAGAUGAUUGACUCUGCAUUGUUCUCUAUUCAGGGUCAAUGAGAAGCCCGUUUCUAUUUCUGUACUAUCCUCUAUUGUUUAUAAGGAACAUUCUAUGUGCAUUAUAGAUUUAUCAGACACAGAUCAACGAGUUAGUUUAGCAUUGGUGACUGUUUGACCUUUGUAUGUAGUGGCAGUUUAAUAAGUACGCUUUAACAGGAUCGGACAUCACCACUGAGCUCAACAACAGAUCUUUGCCACUCUGUCAGUAAAAACACUCAUGACAAAAAUACUGCAACAAAAUGUGAAAAUUAUUUCCCAGAAUCCCACAUUUUAAAAACCCUGUUAAUAUCUAUGAUUGUCCUCUCUUACAGGUAGAUGCCACCGCCUCCUUAAACCAGGCUGGAUUUCUGUGGAUUUUUCGUUGAUUGUGUCGGAUGUUGAUGCUGUCACAGGGAUUUAGAUCCGUCUCUGUAUCCAGUCAAACUCUGUAAAAAAGUGAUCACGGGACCAGAACUGAGCUGACAUUGUGGAACCCUAAAUCAAGCUGACACGACAAUAAACCAAGCUGGCUUUGAAUUUGUAAAUUUAGUGCAUAUCCUCUGCGAUCUAUCCACCAAACUUCAACUGUUUUUAACUUUUUACGUUUUUUAAGUUUAAAAAACUUUCUGAACUUCUCUACUGAUCUCUACACCCUUGUGGAAGCUGUUUGUUCAUAAAACAAGCAGUCAAAAGAAUCAUUAGUUGGAUUCAGUCUCCUGUAGUGGUGGCGUCUUCACUCAUCAGGGUGGGAGCGGCGUCAGGAUGCCUGAACUGGAUGACUUUCCCCCCCUGAGGGGUCCCAGUGGCCCUGAAUUGGGCUUAAACGGUCCUGCAGACCCUCUUCGGAUUCAGCAUAGCAUCCUGGAGGAGCAGGUGGAGCUGUGGUGGUUCAGAGAUCCUGGGAAGUCCCUGCUCUGCUACUGCGUGGCUGUGCUUCUAAUCCUAGGCUGUGGGCUGGGUGGAGUCGGCCUUCUCUCCACCACCACCAGCGUCUCGAGUGAAUGGCGGCUGGGGGCCGGCACGGCACUCUGCCUGCUCGCUCUGGGAGUCCUCCUCAAACAACUGCUGAGCUCGGCAGUGCAGGACAUGAAUUGCAUACGAAGCAGGCAGCGGAUCGACAUGCUAAAGAGCGGCGGUUUAUCGGACCUCCUUGUGGUUUUGAUUACUGGCCUGUCGUUGUUGAUCUGUGGAGGGGUCCUGCUACAUCUGGCCUUGGCUAACCACAUGCCGAAACCUGGCCAAGCUCUUAAUGACAUGUACAUCUCCGGGGUGGUGUUGCUGGCAGGAGGAGGGGCUGCUGUUGUGGGUGUUGGAAUAUACUCUGUUGUUGUGAUUCUGCUUGAAAGGACAAGGCCUGGGCGGAGGUUGGUGGACGGGGUUUUAAAUAUCUUCACUGUUUCUGGACACAUGGACCGUCAGGCCCGCAGAGAGACUACCUCCAGUCUGGCUAAUCUCAUAUAAUAUCUAACUCGACUGUAUUAUUUCUCCUCGUCUUUAUGGCAGAACUUUGAGCUGCAGCUAAACUCAAGAUCAGCUGUAUUCCCAGUUAGAACAAGAGUAAUCUCCUCAUGCUUCAGCUUCAUCACUACCUGAUUUGACUAUUUACCAAGUGAAAUGAGUUGAUUUUUUGUAAUAUCUGCUUGGGGAUGUUUGGAGCAACAAGCAAUCAAAUCUCCCUCAAAGAACAAAGAUGAAGGGAUUGAUCGCUGAAGAUUUACAGCACAGAUGGUAUGAUUGCAGCGCAGCAGAAAAUGCCCAAAUUCAGUUUGUUUUCCUAACAUGUAAAAAAGACACAGAAUUCACAUUCAGCCGUGGUCAUUUCGAGCUUAAAUCAUCAUUUUAGUUUCUGUUCUGUAAAUUCUGCUCCGCUCACACGGGACAAACGCCAACAUUUUGGUGCCUGGGGUACUUUGGCAGAGGCAGCGUCAGAAUGCAGGACGCCAACAAACCAGCAUCAAAGUAGCAAAAAGAAGUUGAUUUAAGUGGUUUUCAGGGAGAUUCAGUGAAGUAAAAAGCACACAGAGGAAGUGUUGGUUCACACACAGAAGGGAACUUUUGAUAGCUUUGCUUCUGGAUAUGCACAGCUGUGCAGAAAUGUACACAGAAGCCUGUAUUGUGAGGACAGCCGACAGUGGUAUGGGCAAUUUAAUUCACAUAAACGCCGUCUCUAAAAAAGAUUUAAACAAAAAGAUGUAAAAGGCUCGAGUCUGGCGAGUUAUGAUCAUUAUCUACUUAUUCACCUGCAGCACACUGGAGAUAAUCUGUCUGUUUAAACAUAAAGUGUCCUUGGAACAAACAGCACUCUGGAAGCCCUGAGGGGACAUGCAAUCACGUAUUUUAUUAACCCUGUAUACUGGGUAACAAGUCAAUUUGUUUUUUUAUUAUAAUGGAGGUCUCAACUCAGCUGCAAAAGCACAAAAUAGGACUUCAUUUACCUCAUAAUUUUGGCAAUAGCAGCAUUGCACACUCUGAUCCAGCCCUGUCUCGAGAAAACAAUGAAAGUCAAAAUGGCAAAAAAUCAACAACUGUAAAUUCAAACACUGGUAAACAGCUUUGUUUUGCCAAGAUAACAGAUUUUACCUUUCAGACCAGCGUCAUUUAAGCUUCUGCGAAGAACUUCAAUUUGUGUCAAUUUUGGCGCCCCCUGUGGAGGGAGUUGUUAUUGACGACAUUUUUUUUUGGCAUGGUGAAGACCAGAUGUGGUGACCAACUGAAAAUGCACCAGUCUAAUAUGUCUUUAAAAUACAGUACAUCUGUGACAGGCCAAGUUAGUUGAGGGGCUCAACAUUAACCACGUGCACAAAUUCAUACAGCUUCUUCACGUCUUUCUCUUUUUCACGUUUUUUUUCUUUCAUGGUGCCAAUACAAACUGCCAGGGUGAUGCCAUGUUAACAAAUGAUGUUUUAUCUUUUUCUUCUAUUGUUAAUUAGCUGUGUCAAAGCCUUAAUCUACCCUGGUUCUGUGACACUUUCAGACCUUAAGCAGUAGAACGGUCUACAGUUUUGAUCAACUCUAUAGGCACUUCUGUAAACCCAGCACAAAGCAUUUCGGCGUGUAGCCUAAGAGUUAUUUUUAUGCACUCCACAUUUUUGCGCCCACGUUGUAUACAUUACAAGUGAUGUUGCGCCAUGCCAGUGUUGAGAUUGUAUGCUAGAUUGAAACACUCGGAAGCAAGUUUUUGAUUGGCCAACUGAAAGAGUUUAAAAGGGGAAGUGUUUUGACUAAAGUUUAGUGAGUUAAAACUUUAUGAAGAGCAAUUUAGAGCCUGAUAUGUACCCGAACCCAAUAUGUAACAAUGACCCAAAAGGUUAUAAAAAAUGUAAUAAAGCCAGAAGAAGAAUAAUUGGUCGAUAAUGUAACAAAAGUGUUGAGCCAGAAAUGUAAUAAAACAAAUGUCAUAAAUUCCAAAAUGUAACAAGUUGCUACUUUUGGGGCAAAAAACGAUUAAGUUUUGGGCUCAGCAACUUGUUACGUUAUUGACCAGUUAUUAUAUUUUGUUGGGUUUUUUUUGUUUAUUUUUGUUUUGUUUUUUGGGUCACUGUUUUAGGCACUAACAGGACAAAAAAGACCAAAACAUGACCUUAACUGAUUCCAUCUGAGGACCAUGACUAAGGCUAAAAUUGAGAAAUGCCAUAGUGAAUGCUUAUGUCCACUCAGGGCUUCCGUAAAUCACAAGAUUACUCUAAGAUUAUAGUGUUAAGAGGUUGAGUAAAAGGCUCAAAUGUCAAUGAAAGAUACAGAAGAAGUGAAAAAAAAGGGAAAAGACAAAAAAGAGAAAAGAAUUAUAACAUUUUCUGACCAUUUCUGUCAAACUGUAAAACAUGGAAAAACUGCUUUGUGAUCUUUUAUCUCAAUCUAACUUGAUAAUGAUUUAAUAGUGGUGCAUUUGUUGAACCCGGGUACUUGUGACAGACCUUCAGAUUCACUGUAACAUUUGCUGUUUUGACACAAGAUACAAGACAACAUGAUUGUUUUAAAUUACAGCACUUUCGAAUGUAUAAAUGCUUUUUGAUUUGGAGCAUCAACGCAGUAUGGAGUCAUUUCUUUGUCUUAACCUGCUCCGAUCCAUAUUUUUGAUAUCAGCGCUGAUGCUCAUUCAUUAUGCUUUAUCAUCAAUAACCAGUCUGCUCUGUUUUAUUGAUUUUUUUCGCCUCUUACUUCAUUGCUCUUACUUUAUGUUAAAGUUAUUGUUCUCAUUCAUAUCAUUAUUGGCAAUAAAUUAAGCCAUUAAUCUCAGAUAAUCCCCUCUGUAGACCAUCAGACUGUCACAGAGUUAGAGUGGGUGACUAUCUUGCUUCGUGGAACCAAAUCUGAGGCAAAGUAAUACAGGGGAACCAAACUCUACAUGAAUGCCAAUGUAAAUACUGAAUGUUCAAGGAAUGAGAGACUGAUUUAUUUGCAUUUUGAGAGUUAUUUUGUCCUAAAAAGAUCAUAUCCAGUGGUUAAUUUCACAUCCUCUAGAAAAAAAUUACAGAAACGAACCAGCUGGUGAAACAAACGCAGAUGUGCAACUGGGAGUCCAGAUAGGUGAUGGUCCAAAAACCUGAUUUCUAUUCAGAGCAUGAACAUGGUCGGAGUCAUAUUUUCAGACAGUCAAAAAGAGAAAUAAAGGGUUAUUCAAAGUGUUUUACUUCAUCUAGAGUUGUUAUUUUAGAAAGGCAGAGUUUGCACCGAUGUCUUUUAAAGCUAAUUUCAUGUACCAGCGGCGACCACAGCUACAAACUUUGGUACAUCUUUCCUUUAGUGGUGAUUAUAAAAUCUGUCUGCUUCAUUAUCUCUCUUUAUUAAGGUCAUUUUACAAAGCAAAUGUUAAACAAUGGAAAUGUACAUGUCCUAGCUUGAGCAGCAGCUACAGACCUCAAACCUGUUUCCUUAAAAAUUAAGUCUGGUUCGUUUUUUCUGUGCCUCUGAUGUUGAGAAAACAGCGAUAAAAAUCUGCCCUUAAAAAAAGAUUAAUACCAAUAUUGAGCUAAAAAUGGCUUCAUAGUAGUGGUCCCAACCACUGGUAGCUAUGCAGGAUGAUGAUGAAGAAGGGGCAGACUGCUAGCGAGCAAACUGUAGCAUCCCCUGAAAUGAUGACUCAGCACUUUUUAAAACUGGUGCUCAAUAUUUUGAGUCCAAAAACAUGCACUCAAGCUCCAUAAAUUAUUUUGCUAAAAGAAAGAAGAUUCAUAUUACAAGUUAUAAUGAUUUGUUUUUAGAAAAAGGAACCUCAAACCUUAAGUGA